GAUCGCGAUAGAAAAUCGUGAACGUUACGAUAGGACUGUGCAUUCUCGAAAUAAUCGGUAGUGCGCCAGUGACAUUUGGUGCGGUACUAUCGACAAAAUAAAACCGGCAACGUCGCAUCGACUACUCUCGCACACAAACGCACGCAUACACGUACCUAGAAGGGAACUUGGGGUGGCUGGCUAGCAGGCAGGCGGCAGGCAGGCAGGCAGGCAGGCAGGCAAGCAAGCAGGCAGCUUUCUUGUUCCGAGGACGGCGCUCCUGGUCGUGCCGUCUCUCUUCUCUACCUCCAUUGCGCUUGCUCUUCUCUCCCUCUUCUCUCUUCCCCUCUCGUCCUCGGUCACUCAAUCACACUCUCCUUGUUUUACUUUCUCUCUCGCUCUUACUCGUAUGCGGCGCACGUACCGUUGAGAGCUUCUCCCUCCCCCUUUGGUGGUCUUUCUCUACCGUUACCCCCUCCCCUCCUAACCUCGAGCGGGUCGGGCGAGUCCACUAAGCUUGCGAGGGGAGUUCGGCAGACCUCGGCUCUAGUCGGCCUCGAUCUGCAGAAUGUGUUAGACGCUGCGAGUCGAUCGCUCCAGUUUUCGAAUAUUCGCAUAUAGAGGACCUGCCUUGUGUUCACCGGGCUUGCAUACCUCUUUCCGCGUUUCGUUCGCGGAUCCACGAGUCGCUAGUGCCUGUAUCGACGUUGAUUUUCACCAUCAGCUUGGGACGCACUCGACUAACGUAUAUCCGUACGACGGCCAUGUUUGGUGUUUACGAGGUGAGGGGGAAUCGCUGACGUCACGAGCCCCGAUCUUGCACGAAGGGAGCAGCAGCACCAGCAGAAGCAGAAAACGUGUUGCCGGCCAACACACACACCAAGUCCGUACACAACUCCGAAAAAGACGAAACGCCGUCGAGUGAGCCGAGUGCUCGACGUAUAUCGUACGCGAGAUUAUCGUGCGUUGAACACGCGAAGAAGGAACUCACGGCGCGCAAACUGUGCCGCCUGAAAUUCCCUUCCCGAUGGGACGUGCGUGUACGCCGACUUCGCUCGUAUUCGCCGGUCUUACCGCGACUACUAGCCUUUCAAAAAACAUCGGGCGCAUUGCCGCCUCGCCGCUGAAAUAGCAGCCACUCUAAUCACCGUCGGUCGACUCUGAUCAGUGCGGAAAACAUCGAGCAAUGCCGAGCGUUCUCGUAUUCGAGACAACACGUGCCGCAUCUUGCCCCGCGCGAUUCUCAUCGAAAAUGUUUAACACGUCGAAGAUGCGAUCGAAUUGAUCGCCCUUCGGUAACACGUGGUCAUCGUAUUGCGAGUUGUGCAACGUCCGCGCUAAAAACGACGACGGAGCUUUCCGAGCCAUCGGUGUAAUUAGCGCUACGUUUUUCAUGCUGAAACAACGAUCAUUUUGUUGUGUUCACGUGUGUCAACCCAAUUGAAUUGAGUGUUGUGUCGUGACCGAUCGAGUAUUGGUACAUAUGGUGUUACAUUGCACAGUGUGGAUUAUUAGUGACACGCAUCGCUCCUUUAUCGGAUAUAUUACCAGCUCUCGCAUACGUCUAACGAACAAGGAUUAAAACAUCAUGGAUCUGGGUGACAGAGUUUACGCUGCGGAACGGAUUACGAAGAAGAGGGAAAAGCGGGGCAAAGUGGAGUAUUUCGUGAAGUGGAAAGGAUGGAGUAAAAAAUACAACACGUGGGAACCAGAAGAGAACAUUUUAGACGUCAGGUUAAUCGAGUUAUACGAAGAAAGUCAAAGAGGAGGGGAGAUCCUACCUACGAGAAGACCUAGGCGGAGGGAUACCAGAUACAAUGAACAAGUUCUGGCCAAUUUAGUCGUCGAAGAAGAACCUGGUGGAGACGAAAGGGUCGGGGAAGAUAGCCAGGACGAAUCGACUACGGGUAGUACGUCAGCUCCUCGCUUGAAUCCCGUUGCACCUGACGAAGAUACGCUUCCGAGUUCCCUCGAUGGCCACGAAUCACCCACUGUCCCGGAACUGUCGGCGUCCGCGUUUAGCGUCGAUUCAGAUAGCUCCAAUAGCAGCGUGGACAGUCCUCUGCUGCCAAGGAGAGAACCAACGGGUACAAAAAGAAAGGCUGAAGUUCUCAGCAAAGAAUCGGGGAAAAUUGGUGUUACCAUUACCACGAGCAGUCCCAGCAGCGGUAGCGGAAGUCCACCACCAAAUAAGAUUCCUCGGUUAUUACCUCUGAAAACUAAUCCUUCGUCUCCUCCUUACCACAGUCACAAAAUUAACGGUAGAAGGCCGUCAUCGUCCAGUGUGAAGUCGACACCCGAGGAACCGCUUCCAGCAGUACCGACGACACCGGCACCAGCGACGCAAGAUAAAAAGCGUCCUGAAGCAGACGUGCCACACGGUCCUCCACCCUCGCUACCGCGUGCACCACCGGCACCUUUGUCUCCACAGAUAGACACACCUCUGGAGCAACCUACCAAAAAGAGGCACUUGCCGGAGCAAAAACAGGAGAAGUCGAACGGAGCCGUGACGGUGGACGCGAACGGUCACAAAUCGCCCAGUCCUACGGACUCUUACACGAAUAACAACAGGUUACCGACAGUCGUGAACGGGCAUCAUAGUCAUAAUAACAACAACAACCAUAAUAAUAAUAAUAAUAACACAAACAACAACAAUACGUCGAGUUUAAAGCAAACGGAAAUCACGAAGACAGACGUGUACGUCCCUCUCUCCAGUCCUGGUACGGAUUACUGGCACGCGAGGAAUCCAGUCGCCGACCAGGUGUUCAUUACAGACGUCACGGUGAACCUUAAAACCGUUACCAUCAGGGAGUGUAAGACUGAGAAAGGAUUCUUCCGGGAGAGGGAUCCGAAAAGCGAUAUCUAUUAACGUUCUACGAAUAGAGUACUUUACUGUGAAUUUUAUCGAACUACUGUAAAUAUAAAUUAUUUUCACACGUCGAGUGGUAAGCCGUGGAUAUAUUGACUUGUAACAAGCAAUUCAACUUUUCUAAGAAACAGACUUCGCGGGUCGCGAAGGAUCGAAGGAAAUAAUUCACGAGAUAACUCGCUGCUCAGUUUACGGUAUCGCAUCGUACCGAACGAAGUUCCAAAUGCCGACAGAAAAACGAUACGCGAACCUGAAAUUCGAUUCGUCGAUUUUAUUCGAACUGAAAAUUUCAUAGUCAGCUUCAGUAUUCAAAGGGAAUGCGUGUAAAUCAGCGACAAAGAUAGUAAGACCAUCAUCGUACAAUGAUGGUACGUUGUGGGUCUCUGUCUCGUCAUGCGAUUGUACACUUAUACAUUUUAAAACGCUUGAUAGACCUUAACUCUACUAAAGAUCUGAAACAACGUUAGAGGAUAUAAUACAUUUUCUCAUUGAUUGCAUUUCCGCUUCUAUUAGAAUUCAGCAAAGAAAAUUGUGUAAAGUAAUUAAUUUCGAAUUUUACUAUGAUAAAUGGUACAGAUCUGGAAAGAAAUAUUUUUCUAAUUCGUUUUUAGAAUACGGAAUCAGCUUCGUAGAAGCGAAUUUGAAACGAAAACAAAUUUUCAAGUACAUAAAAAAUAAUGUUGUUAUAUUGACGACGUAUUUCUCGGAAUUAUGAUAUUCUGUUGUAUUUACAUUUAAAUAUUUCAUUUGUUUUUUCUUAUAGUAUGUAAUACCGUGUCACAAAAGGGUAUAUCAUUCGUUUGUAGAUGUUAGAUUCAUUUAGACGCAUAAACACAUUGAUUUCUUCGAGUUGUUAGUAGCAUCACAGAUUUUGAAUGCACAGAAUACAAAAGCAAUGCAUGUUUGUUAACGGCAUAGCACGCAAUGACUUUCUAACGUAUAACGUGUUUCAUCAGUUUCCGAUUUUGUUAUGAAUUGAUUUCGUGUUAUUUAAUGUUAGCUGUUGCAUUUUUUUUUAUACCGUCAAAUGUUUUUCAUUUGUAUUUAAGGACUGACUGCGCAUAAAGUGUUCGAUGAGAUGCUGCGCGCGAUUCAAUUCCAACGGUAUCGAAGAAUCUUUACGCAUAUCCUGAGAGCGCAAUUUUACUUCUUGAUGGGUUGUCGAGUGUAUCACCAAAUAUAUGUUCCACCUCGAACGAUCAUCUUGAACAUAAAUUGAGUACAAUAACCAAAUUCUAAUCUUAUCGAACUCACACGCUACUCGAGCAUCAUUUAAUUUUAACGACUUCGCACCGUACAGUUCGCGUGCACUUUCAGAACCAGUAAAUCCGUGAUAUAGUUAAAUAAUAUAAGUGUAAAACUUAAAACAUAUAUGUUGCUUAUUUAUUGUAACUAAUAUAAAAGUUUUUAGGUUUUUACGUUCUUAGUAUAGUAUUAUUAGACUGUGUACGCAAUGCGUCCCGUUAACGAAGCCUGAAAAACGAGUAAACUUUUCUGUGGUACAUUAGAAAGAAGAAGAAAAAGCCUUCUUAUAAUUUAAAAUAUUGGAAGCACUAUCAUGAAAGAAGUAUUCUAAGACCGCUUAAUAUUUUUUUAUAGGUUAUGCAAUCUAAAAUGGUGAUUUAUCUUGUUAAAAAUGGGGCUAUUUGUGUACAAUUAAGUCGUGAUUCCUUGCAAUGCAGAUUGCAUGGUAUCCAAGUACACAUAAAUCAUUGUAAUGAAAUAUUGUAUAUUGAGAAGAGGUAUUCUGUAUAAAGUGUAAAUAGUCAGAAACUUACACUCUAUAAUAACAGAGCGAGAUAAUGCGUAGCUUUAGACCUUUCAGUUAUUAAUUGUAAAUAGACGAAGCGAAAACCCCUUUAAGUUGUAAAUGUAAAUCGCAACUGCAGGUCUAGAGGAGAUCCUUUUUAGCUUUAGAAUUUUGAGAUAGACUGUGCGCGUACCUUCGAUAUUGUUUCUGUACUUAUAGAAUAUUCAGACUACUUAUACGAUACACAUGGGAAAAAAAAUGAUAACCCAGCGAUUACGCAGGCAUAUACGAUAUGUGAACCCCGGUAGUACCAAAUUCAACGGUAAUUUUAGUUCUGUCUGGUACAGAUUCCUUAUAUUUCAAUAAAACCUUUACUUGAACUUUG